UGUUUUACUUCUUCCCAUUUUCCGGGGAGUUAAAGUGAAACUGCAGCUGCUUCCUUGUUUGCAUCGCUUUAUUUUCUACAGAUUAAUCAUCGCUGUUCGGGAUGUCGGCUGUAAAGAUGAGCGAGGGCAGUGUGGAGGUGGAAAGCUGCAAAGCUCCACUUUUCUACAGACAAAGCGAGCCGGCCGAGGGAGAAGCAAAGAUGUCGGUUCUUCUCCUUCACGGUAUUCGUUUCUCAUCGGAGAACUGGCUCAACAUCGGCACUCUGGAGACGCUGGCCAAAGCUGGCUGCCGAGCGGUCGCCCUCGACCUGCCAGAACUCGGUCGGUCCAAAUCGGCCAAAGCGCCGGCGUUGGUGGGAGAACCGGCCCCCGCAGCGUUCCUGAAGGAAGUGUGUGAACAGCUGAGUUUGAGCCCUGCCAUAGUGAUCAGCCCGUCACUCAGUGGGAUGUACUCCCUCCCUUUCCUCCUGGAGCAUCAGCCUCUAAUACGAGCCUACGUUCCCAUAGCGCCAAUCUGCACUGAAAAAUUCACAGCAGAACAGUACCGGAGCGUCAAGGUCCCGACGCUGAUCGUUUACGGCGACCAGGACCCUCAGCUCGGAGAGGCGUCGCUCCGUAACCUGAGCAGUCUGACGAAUCACAGGGUGGUGGAAAUGAAGGGAGCGGGACAUCCGUGUUACCUUGACGACCCAGACACCUGGCACAAAGCGCUUACCAACUUCCUGGAGACUCUGAUGUCGGCUGUAAAGAUGAGCGAGGGCAGUGUGGAGGUGGAAAGCUGCAAAGCUCCACUUUUCUACAGACAAAGCGAGCCGGCCGAGGGAGAAGCAAAGAUGUCGGUUCUUCUCCUUCACGGUCUUGGUUUCUCAUCGGAGAACUGGCUCAACAUCGGCACUCUGGAGACGCUGGCCAAAGCUGGCUGCCGAGCGGUCGCCCUCGACCUGCCAGAACAAGGUCGGUCCAAAUCGGCCAAAGCGCCGGCGUUGGUGGGAGAACCGGCCCCCGCAGCGUUCCUGAAGGAAGUGUGUGAACAGCUGAGUUUGAGCCCUGCCAUAGUGAUCAGCCCGUCACUCAGUGGGAUGUACUCCCUCCCUUUCCUCCUGGAGCAUCAGCCUCUAAUACGAGCCUACGUUCCCAUAGCGCCAAUCUGCACUGAAAAAUUCACAGCAGAACAGUACCGGAGCGUCAAGGUCCCGACGCUGAUCGUUUACGGCGACCAGGACCCUCAGCUCGGAGAGGCGUCGCUCCGUAACCUGAGCAGUCUGACGAAUCACAGGGUGGUGGAAAUGAAGGGAGCGGGACAUCCGUGUUACCUUGACGACCCAGACACCUGGCACAAAGCGCUUACCAACUUCCUGGAGACUCUGUGAGGCACUUCGCUCAAUUUCAAACAAAGAAAUUCCCAGCUAACACACAAAGGACUCAAAGGAGCCAAACAAACAAAUCACUCACAAGACAUUCCUCAUGCACUACAAAACUAUGAUUGCAAAUCAAAUCACUGGAAGGUUUUUAAUGUUCAUUUUAUGUUACAUUUUGAAAGUCAGCGGCUUCUGUGACCACUAAGACAAAUGUCAGAAAUGUGAUAUCUCUACUUUUGCAGUUAAUAGUCAGACCAAAUCAAUGCCCAUUAAUUACUUGCAUGAACUGCUUUGGCUUUUUUUUCCCCAUAAUGUUGUCGACCAUUACUGCCCUCUUGUGGACUGUAUCAGUAACUGUAGGAAAGCCUUAACACCUGAACCUGUUUGUAAAUAAACAAAUACCAGCAUGCACGUCUAUUAAAACCUUGAGAGAUAAAAUUAACUCAUAUAAAGUUUGUAAUUAAUUAGUUUUAGUAUCUGAUAUACUAACAGGACUGUUUGAUGGUUGACUGGAAAACAGACCAAACCAAGCUAUAGGUUUGGUUCUGGUCAUUUGAUCCCAGUUUCUGUUUCCAUCCUCAAAUUACGUUUUAUUUACUUACAUGAGCUCCUAAUGCUACACUUUGCAUCACACCUGAAACCAAGGCAAUGUAAAGAUAUCUUACCAGAUCUAUAGAGACAAAAGACUGGAUUGUUGCUUUAUGAUCCAAACUCAUAUUUUUAGAUUUAAGUAAAUUUUGCAUUUAAUUUGGAAACUGAAGUCCCAGAGUUUGUGCCAAAAGAGGCACAUAAUCCAAGUUUCUGGAGAUCCUCUGUGAUGAUUUAGGAAGCCCUCUGCUGGUAUUGGCCCACUGUAAGGAAAAUACCUGGACAUUUCAGAGCACAACAUUCUCGUCUGCUGACGAGCUUUAUGCAGAUGCUGAUUUUAAUUUCCUGCAGGAUUUGACACCUGCCCACACUACCAAAAGUACCAAUACUUAGUACUUAAUGGCCAUGUUAUCGCUGUAGUUGAUUUGACAGCAAACAUGUACUUUAAAAGUUCCUUGAAUUCACCUGAAUAAAAUGAUUAGGUUAUCAACAACCCUCUCUCUAAUUGUAAGAUGCGUCUGUAUCCAUAAAGCUAUUUGCAGAUACUGCA